AUGCUGUCCGGAUCGCGUAUUAUUUUUGUAUCGGAUCUCGAAAUCUGUGUCAAUUCGGUGGCCGAGUAUUUCCAGUUGGGUCGCGGAUACCGGUGCAGAACCCGUGCCGUAUCUGAGAGUGCCGUGACUUUGGCCGCACUCUGGGGUCAAGUGAUGGCCGAAAUAGACUGCGGAGUGGGUAUCGAGUGUCCGGAGGACCGGUGUUGUGGGCGUCAGGUGUGCUCCAACACUACCCAAACCCAAAACCAGCCCAAACGGGACGACAAAGUGUGCACAUAUGGGGGCCGACAGUACAGACGGGGAGAGAGGAUAUAUCCGGAUGAGGAUAACUGCAAGAUAUGCCACUGCGAUGAGCACUGGGAUGACUCCAACCCCCUCAACACCCUGUCCUGUCAUCAACAUCAAUGUAAAUUACAGUUGAACAGGGAUUUCGCCCAAGGUUGUCUACCCAUCUAUCACGAGGGGAGCUGUUGUCCCAUUGAGUACAAGUGCCCCCAAACCAGUGAAACACGCGGUGUGUUAUCAAUAUAUUCGGGACAGGAUUUGAAAGAGUGUUGGUUUGAUGGCCGCAACUAUACGGUCGGCCAACAACUGGUCACUGGAAACCCGUGCGUCUCGUGUGAGUGCAAAGCGCCGCCUGAUUUCACGUGCGUUCAGAAGUCGUGUCCGACUCCUAAACACAACUGUUAUGUCGGGAAAUGGGAUAACACGUUAAGUGUAUGUAUUGUUGGCUGUAAUGGGAAUCACGCGAGGAUUCAGAGCUACGAGAAUAUAACGACUGCCGGCUGUGGAGUCGGGAGGAGAGGGAAUCUUAUGGACAACACGUGCUUUAAAUACCAUCCAAACAGUAAUACAAUGUUUGCCGGCAUUCAAAACGGACGGGUAGUCCAGACCGGAGAGACGCCGUGGACUGUGUUUAUCACAUGUAUUGAAGAUGGAGAUAUGAAUUUGUUAGACAAACUCAUGGUAGGCUCAUGCUGCUGA